CUCUCAAAAAAUGUCCUACCAGCAGAACCAGCAGCAGUGCCAGCCUCCUCCCAAGUGCCCUCCCAAGUGCCCCCCAAAGCGUCCCCCUAAGUGCCCCCCAGUCUCCUCCUGCUGCAGCCUUGGCUCUAGCGGCUGCUGUGGCUCCAGCUCUGGGGGCUGCUGCAGCUCUGGGGGUGGUGGCUGCUGCCUGAGCCACCACAAGCCCCGCCGAUCUCUCCGACUUCGACACCGACACCAGAGCUCUGGCUGCUGCAGCAGUGACUGCUGUGGCAGCAGUGGAGGUGGCAGUGGCUGCUGUGGCAGCAGUGGAGGUGGCAGUGGCUGCUGUGGCAGCAGUGGAGGUGGCAGUGGCUGCUGUGGCAGCAGUGGAGGUGGCAGUGGCCAGCAGUCUGGAGGCUCUGGUUGCUGCUGCUGACCUGAGCCACAAGGACCUCAGACAAGCAGUGCCUGAGGAAUCAUCGUGCAGAAAACCUGCCCCUGCCUGCUCGCCCUCCCUCCUUCUCCUGUCCUCCUUGUCAGGGGCCCUGAGAGGCUGAGAUGCUCCUUUGGAAGGUCGUGAAUUUACCUCCAAAUGUUCAGGCCCUCCCUCUUCUUCUGUAUUUCAAAUAAUAAAGUUCCCU